CCAGCAAGCAUUCACUUCGACACAAAUUUGAGCCUCAAACACCUCUAUGAAUAUGAUUUGACUUGCGGGGCCCCAUCUCAACCUGCCUCCAGAAAGAUUUCCCUGCUCCCUGUUUUUUUCGUACAUUUCUGUUCUCAAUGUCUCUAGACACCUUAUAAUUUGCCUGUACUGUUGCUUCAAUUCUCCGUCUAUCACCAAUUUUCUAAAUUGGGUUUUGUUUUCUCACCAUUUUCUGUACUGGGUCAGUCCCGCUUUGCACUAAAAAGCUCCCAGUUUGAUGAACCCCAUCUCAAGCUGUUGGGGCUGUCGCACUUGUGAGAAAUGGCAUUUAUAGGAUCACUUCCUUUUAUUAUCCAAACCAAAGCAGAAAGUUCUGUCCUUCUCCAUGACAAAAACCUACAGCGAUCCAGAUUCUCCGUUUUCCCAUGUAGAUCACAAAACUCUUUUAAUUUAGCCGUUUCGUUAUCUUUGAGUUUUAAGCCUGUAAGAGCUACAGGUAAGGAAGGCGUUAGUGGUGAUGGGUCAGAGGAUACACUUCAAGCCACCAUCGAGAAAAGCAAGAAAGUUCUCGCCUUGCAAAGGGACCUACUUCAGAAGAUUGCUGAAAGAAGGAAAUUGGUUUCUUCUAUACAAAGUAGUGUUGGUGACCACGACACAAACAAAACUUCUCAUGAACAGAGGGAAAACUCUUUGCCAAAUUCAGAUAAUACUUCAACUAGUGAUGUGAAUAUGCACCAACAGCAAAAUGGCCCAGUUCUUCCGAGUAGCUAUGUCCAUUCAACUGCAGAUGAGGUAUCAGAAACUGCAUCUUCAGCUAUUAAUAGAGGUCAUGCUAAAGAUGAUAAGGAACUUGAACAACAUGCAUCUCCUAGAACAGCCUUUGUUAAGAAUUCUACCAAACAGUUUAAAGAGAUGGAUUCUGAGAAACUACAGACAGAUGAGAUACCAUCUUUUCUUUCAAACACCACAGAUAUUUCCACUAUAAAUGAAGAAAAUAGUGAACAUUCAAAUGAAUCAACCUCACCUAUGGUUGACAUUUUUGAAAGUGAUUCUAUGACUGAAGACAUGAAGCCACCUCCUUUGGCUGGGGACAAUGUCAUGAAUGUUAUUUUGGUAGCUGCAGAAUGUGCUCCAUGGUCCAAAACAGGUGGCCUUGGUGAUGUCGCUGGAUCUUUACCAAAGGCUUUGGCUCGGCGUGGACAUCGGGUUAUGGUUGUGGCACCGCGAUAUGGCAACUAUGUUGAACCUCAGGAUACUGGAGUCCGAAAGAGGUAUAAGGUGGAUGGUCAGGAUUUUGAAGUAUCAUACUUCCAAGCCUUCAUUGAUGGGGUUGAUUUUGUAUUCAUUGACAGUCCUAUGUUUCGCCACAUAGGGAAUGAUAUAUAUGGAGGAAACAGAAUGGAUAUAUUAAAGAGGAUGGUAUUAUUUUGCAAAGCUGCUGUUGAGGUUCCUUGGCAUGUCCCAUGUGGUGGAGUCUGCUAUGGGGAUGGAAAUUUGGCUUUCAUUGCAAAUGAUUGGCAUACAGCAUUGUUGCCAGUGUAUCUGAAGGCAUAUUAUCGGGAUAAUGGUUUAAUGCAAUAUACAAGAUCUGUUCUUGUAAUUCAUAACAUAGCUCACCAGGGUCGGGGUCCAGUGGAUGAUUUCUCUUACGUGGGUCUACCAGAACAUUACAUUGAUCUCUUCAAACUGCAUGAUCCGAUUGGUGGUGACCACUUCAAUAUCUUUGCAGCUGGUCUUAAGGUGGCAGAUCGUGUGGUUACUGUUAGUCAUGGAUACGCCUGGGAGCUUAAAACAUCUGAAGGUGGUUGGGGUCUGCACAAUAUCAUAAAUGAGAACGACUGGAAAUUGCAGGGCAUUGUUAAUGGGAUUGAUGCCAAAGAAUGGAAUCCACAGUUUGAUAUUCAACUGACAUCAGAUGGUUAUACUAACUAUUCCCUGGAAACACUUGAUACUGGCAAGCCUCAGUGCAAGGCAGCCUUACAGAAGGAGCUCGGUUUGCCCAUCCGUCCAGAUGUCCCUGUUAUUGGGUUCAUUGGAAGGUUGGAUUAUCAGAAAGGUGUCGAUCUCAUAGCUGAGGCAAUUCCCUGGAUGGUGGGUCAGGAUGUGCAACUAGUAAUGUUGGGUACUGGCAGACAAGACUUGGAAGAGAUGCUUAGACAAUUUGAAAACCAACAUAGAGAUAAAGUGAGGGGAUGGGUUGGUUUUUCUGUGAAGACAGCUCACAGGAUAACUGCUGGUGCAGAUAUUUUGCUCAUGCCAUCAAGAUUUGAACCAUGUGGGCUAAACCAGUUAUAUGCUAUGAUGUACGGGACGAUUCCUGUAGUACACGCUGUGGGUGGACUAAGGGACACGGUGCAACCUUUCGAUCCAUUUAAUGAGUCGGGGCUUGGGUGGACAUUUGAUAGCGCUGAAUCACAUAAACUGAUACAUGCAUUAGGCAAUUGCUUGCUCACUUACCGAGAGUACAAGAAGAGCUGGGAAGGACUGCAGAGAAGAGGGAUGACUCAAAACCUCAGCUGGGACCAUGCUGCUGAGAAAUAUGAGGAGACUCUUGUUGCAGCCAAGUACCAGUGGUGAGCAAUAGUGCUUUUCCUUAAAUUUUGACUUUUUUUUUUUCUGUUAAAUAAUGCUUCCAAGAGGUUGCCCUCUGAUGCUAGUAAGGGGGCCAAUAGAUGGCCAUGUAUGUUCUGCUAUAUAGCUCAAUGUGUAAUCAGCUUAGAGUUAUGAUUCAGGAGUUGUAAUCCUUUCUGGUUUUAUCACACAUUAGCAGAGGAUGGUUUGGAUGUGAUGAGUGGUGACCCAUGUUUUAUCCUUGUGCUUAUUCUGUUAUCUGAAAGCCUGGGAUCUUUGUCUC